AUGCCCACGCUCCAACCCAGCGAAGCCAAACCCCCUAUACCCCCCCUCCCGAAAACCCUCCUCCCCCUCCCGCACCGAAUCUACUGCUUCCUCUGGCUCUGGGCCACCAAACUCCUCGUGACGCUCCACACGACGAUCACGAACCUGCUGCACCCACCCCCGCGCAGCACCAUGCCAACCCUAACCGUCCGCCUCCCGUCCCGCCCAACCCUGGAAGCCCGCAUCUUCUACCCGCCCAACUACACCGGGACCAACCCCCGGGGCCUCCUCCCGACCUACAUUGACCUGCACGGCGGGGGCUUUGCGGUGCACACCGCGCGCCUCGACGACGCGUUUUGCUCCCAGUGGAGCAAACUCACGGGGAUGUUGGUGAUCAGUCUGGAUUACCGCAAGAUCCCCCUCCACCCCUUCCCGACGGCGGUGUAUGAUCACCAGGGGCAGCACAACGCACCACAACCACCACCCCUCCUCCCCAUCGACUCCACCCGCCUCACCAUUGGCGGCUUCAGCGCCGGCGCCAACCUCGCCCUCGCCGUCACGCAACUGCCGGCCCUGCGACGGAAAUUCCGCGCGGCGAUUUGCUACUACCCCAUUGUGGAUUUCAGUCAUUCCCCGCCGGAUAAGAUGCACGCCCGUCCGUACCGGGACUACUGGCACGAUAACCUGGGGGACGCGGGGUGGUGGAUUGACUGGGGGUAUGUGCACCCCGGGCAGGAUCGACGGGAUCCGUUGCUGAGUCCGUGGUAUGCCGCCGCACAGGAUCUGCCGGAGAGGGUGUAUAUGGUGGCGGCGGAGUAUGAUUUGCUGCGGCUGGAGGCGCAGGAGAUGAUCCAUCGGUUGGCGGGGCUGGAGGACCGGGAGGAUAAGGAGGAGGGGUUCGAAAAAGAUGGGUACAAGUGGACUUUAGCCAAGGGGUGUCGACAUGGGUUUACCCAUGGGUUCUCUAGAGGGCGGAGAUCGAGGAGGGUGGAGGUGAGGGAGGAGAUUUGGAAAGAGGCGAGGGAUUGGUUAAGAAGAGGGGGGGUUUUGGAGUGA